GGUGAAGCGCUGCCGGUGGCCGGGAAAACGGCACCGGUAACGGCGUUAUGGAAACAUCGGGGCAUCUUCACGAUUCGGGUGUGGGGGACUUGGAGGAGGACGGCCGGUGUCCCUGCCCGUUACCGGGGGAUGAACGGGCACCGCCGCCGCCCCCCGCCGCGCUGCCGCCGCUCCAGCACAGCCUGUUGCACUCCUCGCCCGGUUCGUUCCGGGCCCCUCCUCCUCCUCCCGCCGCCCCCGCCGCCCUCCACCCUUCCUCCCGCCACGGCAGCCAACUCAACCUCGGCGACCACCCGGCGACGGGCUCCGGACCGGGGAGCGGCAAACACCGGCAACCGAGUCCCUUGGUGCACCGGCGGGACAGCAACCCCUUUACCGAGAUCGCCAUGAGCUCCUGCAAGUACAGCGGGGGGGUGAUGAAGCCCCUCAGCCGCCUCAGCGCAUCCCGCCGCAACCUCAUCGAAGCCGAACCGGAGGCUCAACCCUUGCAGCUCUUCGGGGCCACCGGACCCCCCGAAAUCGUCGUCUCGCGCGAGGACAACCACGCGCCCGCCGCCUGCCGCCCCGACCGCCCCCCCGCCCGCCCGGCCCCCGCUGCCUUCGCCAAGGGGCCCAAGCGCAAGGCGCAGAACAUCGGGUACCGGCUGGGGCACCGCCGGGCACUCUUCGAGAAGAGGAAGCGUCUCAGCGACUACGCGCUCAUCUUCGGCAUGUUCGGCAUUGUCGUCAUGGUCAUUGAGACCGAGCUCUCCUGGGGACUCUACUCCAAGGGCUCCAUGUUCUCCCUGGCCCUGAAAUGCCUCAUCAGCCUCUCCACUGUCAUCCUGCUGGGCCUCAUCGUCGCCUACCACACACGGGAGGUGCAGCUCUUUGUGAUCGACAACGGAGCCGACGACUGGCGGAUAGCGAUGACGUAUGAGCGCAUCCUCUAUAUCAGCCUGGAGAUGCUGGUUUGUGCCAUUCACCCCAUCCCCGGGGAGUACAAAUUUUUCUGGACAGCUCGCCUGGCUUUCUCCUACACGCCUUCCCAGGCAGAGGCAGACGUGGACAUCAUCCUGUCCAUCCCCAUGUUCCUGCGCCUCUACCUGAUUGCGCGGGUGAUGCUGCUGCACAGCAAACUCUUCACCGACGCCUCGUCCCGCAGCAUCGGGGCCCUCAACAAGAUCAACUUCAACACCCGCUUCGUCAUGAAGACCCUCAUGACCAUCUGCCCCGGGACAGUGCUGCUGGUCUUCAGCAUCUCCCUCUGGAUCAUUGCUGCCUGGACGGUCCGAGUGUGUGAGAGGUACCAUGACCAGCAGGACGUAACCAGCAACUUCCUGGGGGCCAUGUGGCUCAUCUCCAUCACCUUCCUCUCCAUCGGCUAUGGUGACAUGGUCCCACACACUUACUGUGGCAAGGGCGUGUGUCUGCUCACCGGCAUCAUGGGUGCUGGCUGCACGGCACUGGUGGUGGCCGUGGUGGCCAGGAAGCUGGAGCUCACCAAAGCUGAGAAGCACGUCCACAACUUCAUGAUGGACACGCAGCUGACCAAGAGGAUCAAGAAUGCAGCAGCAAAUGUCCUGAGGGAAACAUGGCUCAUCUACAAACACACCAAGCUGCUGAAGAAGAUCGACCAUGCCAAAGUCCGGAAGCACCAGAGAAAGUUCCUCCAAGCCAUUCACCAGUUGCGGAGUGUGAAGAUGGAGCAGAGGAAGCUGAGUGACCAAGCCAACACUCUGGUUGACCUCUCCAAGAUGCAGAAUGUGAUGUACGACCUCAUCACCGAGCUCAACGACCGCAGCGAGGACCUGGAGAAGCAGAUUGGGAGCCUGGAGUCCAAACUGGAGCAGCUCAGCACCAGCUUCAGCUCCCUGCCGCUGCUGAUGGCCGACCUGCUGCGCCAGCAGCACCAGCGCCUCCUCGCCGCCGUCCUGGAGGUGCGGGGGGUUGGGGUGCCCGUGGCCACCCCCCAAACUCCUCUUUCCGAGAGCCCCAUCGGGGUUAGUUCCACCUCCUUCCCCACCCCGUACACGAGCUCAAGCAGCUGCUAAACUGCAGCCCCCCCCCCCUGGAACCCCCCUCCCCGGACAGGGGGAGCGUUUCCGCGCAGGUCCCGAGGUCUCCAUGGACUUUCUUCUGGUCCUCAAUGCGCUGCGAGGCCCUUCGGCCGGAGCCGGUGGGACCAGCAGUGGCCGAGUGACACUCGGAGCUUUGCCAACGUCUUGGUGUGGGGAACCAUGUCCAUGUCCCCGUUCAGGUGCCUCUACUCGUGGUGACGGAAGGGGACGGUGCCAGACAGAAAACCCACGCUCAAUCUCAGGUCUUCACAUUUGAAAACAAACCAACAAGUCCGAAGCACUGAAGCAAUGGAGACACCAGAGGGAGAGUUUUCCUCCCCUGCGUGGAGCCCUCCAGGGGCUGGGGUGCUUUCCUUGCCCCCUGCCCCUCUCACUGGCCCCGGGGCAGGUGCCAACCUGGUGGUUUCUUGCCCAGGCUCUGAUCUUCGCUGCCCACACUCCAUCCCAGCCCCUCACCGGGACCCACCGACCCCCCCGCCACGUUGCUGGGCUGUGUCUGGCCGUGACCUGCCCCAGGGGGGUUCUCCAGAGCCGUGUUUCCUGCCCAGGCAGAAGAAGGGACGUUUCUUCUUGCCAGCCCUUGGUGUUACACUCUGCCUGGAGACCCGUGCUGGAGCUGGGAAUGCAGUGCCUAACGCCUGGGGACGCGGUGCCGGGCAGGGCUACCUGAACUGAUGCGGCGAUGGCCACCAAGGGGGCUGGCGGGCCAGCCCUGGGCACUGGGGGGGGUCCCUGGUGCUCCCAUCACUGCCUACCCAUGAGCCCCCCAGCAGUAUUUUGGGAAGCCACCGAGCUCUUGGUGGUGGCCUAAGAACUACUGGGUGAAAAACCCCAUUGGCUCCAACCGCCUCCGCUGGCACCGGGAACGCCGGCGCUGCUGCUCAGCUGGCAGCACCGAAUCCCCCUGAGCUGAGCCAGGGGUUGGCUGGCAAGCGAGGUGGUAGCGGGGACAGGGACUUCAUCUGUUUAAAACAACGCCCGUUGCCUUCGUGCUGCUUCUGCUGGGUUUGGUGGGGACCAGCAGCACCAUCAGCGCUGGCUCGGCCACCGCGCAGCGCUCAGCUUCAGGCGCCGCCCGCCGCAGCGCAGCCCCUCCUGCUUCAUCUUAAAUAAUUCUUUUUGCCCAAGGAACCCUCGGGCAUCACCUGGCUACUUCUGGAACCAGCCAUUUUCCCUUCCCCAUUCCCAGUUUCCCCUAUUUCCCCCCCAGUCCUGCCCUGGGGUGUGUUCAGGCUCAGCCAGGUCCCUGCUGGAGCCCUGCCUGCUGCCGCCCCGCUCCAGUUUUGGGGCCUGUGUUUGCUGCUUUCCAUGAAAACUCAGCAGAGGCUAUUUAUAUAUUUUUAAACAGAUGAAGUAACCAUGUAAUUAAUCCACGAUAUUAAUUACACCUCGCCCAGCAGUGUCAGUAAUUGUAAUCAAAGUCACUGUGUUACUCCAGGUAUACUCAGCCUGUAAUCUCUUCCCUAAAUCUUUCCCUUCCAUAAAUAAUGCCGGAUUUUGCCCGCACGUAGGCAGGGACGUAGCAGCCCGAUGCCCAGGAAUUGUUCUGUGCAAAAUUCCACUUGCUGCCACUGGUAGGUGGUUCUACUCCUUGUGCCCUGCAAUCAAGGUUAGGAAGAAAACAAGCAGUAGUUCGUGAGGGGCGUUCCCCCCCCAGGGCGGGAGAAGGAGGAUGAGAAAGAAGGCUGCGGGAUUGCUACAAAAUGAGCUCCCAGUGUGGUUCCUCCCCAGCAGGAGAAGCUCUUGCCCACCUCUGGAAGUGGGUUUCCAGCCUGGCAAGGGAGAAAAUGUUGCAGAUUCUGAGAAAGAGCCUGAAAUUCAGCAGCUUCACUGGACUGUGGGCAUCCAGGGGGAAGAAAUGCUCCCAGCCUCUGCCAGGCUUUGAGCGGGGAGCAAAUGGGCAUGAGCCCCAGGGCUGAGCAGAGGGUGAGGAGCUGAGGUGGAGCCCAGGGUCUCGGAGAGCCAGAAGAUCCGAGCGAGAGAGACAAGACCAGGCACUGGCAGCUCACUGGGACUCAAGGAGGGAAGGACCAGCGGGGAGAGCUCCCGGAUUGCAGUGGGGCAGGAGAUCCUGGGUGUGGAGCAGAGCCAGGACUUCACUGGGAUUUCACCAGGGCUGCCAGGAGCUGGUGUGAUCGCUGCACCUCGCACCCCACAACCAGCACCCCCAGGCUCACCUCCACACAACCUGCACCCCAAAACCAGCCCUCUGCCCAGGACCUUGCAGGCCUGGGGCUGAACCCCAUCCCAAACCCUGCACCCCCAUCCGACCCCUGCAUCCUGCACACCCCUGCACCCCAAUCCCACACCCUGCACCUCCGUCCCACACCCUGCACCUCCAUCCCACACCCUACAUCCUGCACACCCCUACACCCUCAUCUCACACCCUAUGUUCUCCAUCCCACGCCUUGCACCUCCUGCACCUCCCAUCCCAUCCCCUGCACUCCCUAUACCGCCUCUGCAUUCCCCAUUCCACCCCCUGCACCCCUGUCCUUCCCCCAGCCGGUGCUGUCACAUGCCUGAUAAUUUUGGCAUCUCUGGCCCCCAAGUGCCCUGGAACAAGUGACAAGAAGAGCUGGGACCAGCCACCGCGGCAGAGGAAAAGCACAAGAGCAGCAGCACCACGACGCCGAGUUUUCAUCCCAAAGAGAUGCCAAACCACGGAGCUGGGAAGCACCCCCAGCAGGGCCAAGCCCCAGAGCCCCCCCAGCACCCACCCAGCCACAACCAGGCUCAUUUUUGGCACAGCCUCGGGGUUUUGUUGGGUUUUAUUUGUGGCUCCAUGAACCUCCUCCCUGCGCUGCCUGCGAGGAAACGUCCGAAAACCCCCAGGAAAACCCCACGUCCUCUCUGCAAACUCCCAGACAUUUCUGUCUGGACUUGAGGAGCUUGGCCCUGGGUUUGCAUCUUGCCUCCAUACUGCUCGCUUCUUUUUUAACACUAGGGGAAAGCAUAAUAGUUUAUUUUAACUAUGAAAUAUAUUGCUAUAUUAUAAAGGUUAUUGUAACUUUCCAUUAUGGUUUUGUACCCAACCCGGCGGGCAGUGGGCAGUGAUGCCAGCCUGCUCCCAAAAAUGUCUGUUUCUGCAUACAGC